AUGAAGCUGACUGUGGCAUCGCGUAAUCCAAAGUCGACCAAGUUCCCCAUUACGUUGGAUCUCGAGGGCUCGGCUGACAAGGUCACUGUGCUCCAAGUGUGCCAGGCCAUUGAGAAGAAAUUCCCAAAGUACUAUCCCGAUCGUCAACGUCUCACUGACAUGGAUAAGAAGCCAUUGGACCAUGACAAGACCCUCGCCGAAUUGAACAUUGUUGACGGUGCCACUAUCCAGUUCAAGGAUCUCGGCCCUCAAAUUGGUUGGCGUACCGUGUUUUUGAUCGAGUAUGGUGGUCCUCUCGUCAUUCAUCCCAUCUUUUAUUAUCUCUCAAAGUACAUUUACGGCGAUGCUUUCCAACAUUCGACUAUGCAAACGGUUGUCUUUUAUAUGUGCAUGUUGCAUUUCCUUAAGCGUGAAUUUGAAACCAUCUUUGUUCACCGCUUCUCUCAUGGCACGAUGCCUUUCCGCAACGUCUUUAAGAAUUCCGGUCACUAUUGGAUCCUUUCGGGUGUCAACCUUGCUUACUGGAUUUAUGGUCCCUGGUAUGCCGCUGGUAAGGCUGCAGCUGAACGCAGCGACGUUUGGUUAUAUGGUUCCAUUGCUGUUUGGGCUUGGGCCGAGCUUUCCAACUUGAUCACCCACAUCACUCUUCGCAACUUGCGUCCUGCUGGUACUCGUCAACGCAACAUCCCCUAUGGUUACGGCUUUGAUUUGGUUUCCUGCCCUAAUUACACCUUUGAAACCAUUGGUUGGACCGUGGUAUCCUUGCUCAGCACUAGCUGGUCAGCUACCGGUCAAAUGUACAUCUGGGCUGUUGCUAAGCACAAGCGUUAUCGCAAGGAAUUCAAGGAUUAUCCCCGCAAUCGCAAGGCUAUGUUCCCCUUCAUCGCCUAA